AAAAAAAAAAAAAAAAAAAAAAAAUAGACAGGUGAUAAAUGACAAAUGAACCAGAAAAAAGGAAGAAGCAUCAACGACAAUCCGAUCGCAGAAGCAAUCCCGCUCAAAAAGCAACAACUCACGCACAGGCCAGGCCGUCCGUCUGACUUGUCUGCCACUCUCUCGCUUCAGCUGCCCCCUUUUCUCCCUCCACCACCACCACCUCCUCCCUUCCAAUACAGCCGCAGCUCCGCAAAAAACAAAACAAAAAGGAUGAUCCAGGAAUUGAACCUGGUACUGUUGGAUUCGCGGGGAAUUGAACCCCGGACCACUCCCAUGUAGGACUUCAACAAUGUGAUAGUGCUAAGGGAGUAUCAUACCACUAGACCACAAACCCUGAGCCAUUACUGGCUGCUGAUGGGAAAAAGUUUGGCAAGUGUGA